AUGGCCCAAUCUGGGGUUGUACAAUGCAAUAAUAACUUGAAGCUACCAGGAGUUCAACAGAGUACUUCCCAUCAAGGUGGCUAUUCCCAUGAUGCUGUGGUCCAUGCAUUACAAAAAUGUGGCAUUCGUCAUAUUGACACAGCAAAAAGAUAUGGCUGUGAAUCUCUCCUCCAAAAAGCCAUCAAAGAGAGUGGUGUGAAGCGGGAGGAACUCUGGAUAACUACCAAACUGUGGCAUAGUGAUUAUGGCUAUGAAAACACAAAAAAAGCCUGCUUAGAGUCAUGUGAAAGACUUGGUGUUGAAUAUCUUGAUCUUUAUUUGAUACACUGGCCUGAUGCACAAGUUCCGGGUAAAAGUAAUCGAGAGGUGCGAGCUGAAACCUGGACAGCAAUGGAGGAGCUCUAUGAGAAAGGUUUGUGUAGAUCAAUUGGUGUAAGCAACUUUCUUAUCAGUCAUCUUGAACAACUAAAGGAAGACUGUAUGAUUACUCCUCAUGUUAAUCAGGUUGAAUACCACCCUUUCCAAAGACCUCAGGAGCUGGUCGAUUACUGUAGGAGCAGAGAUAUUGUUUUUGAAGGCUACUCUCCGUUAGCCAAAGGUGAAGCACUCACUCAUCCUAGUAUCAUUCAGCUGGCAAAGAAAUAUGGCAGAACUCCAGCACAGAUUUGCAUACGCUGGAGUAUACAGAAUGGGAUUGUCACUAUUCCAAAGUCCACAAAAACAGAAAGGAUACAGGAAAACUGCAAGGUGUUUGAUUUUACAAUAGCAGAAGAUGAUGUUGAAAUUCUGAAUGGAAUGCAUGAUGGGAGACAUGUUUCCUGGGACCCAAGCCUUAUUGUGUGA